GGGCCCGGCUUUACCAAGCACAGCGGCCAGGCGCGGCAGAGCGGUCUCGGCGCGGCACGGAAGCCUCUCCUGGGACAUAAGAAUGUCUCCCAAGGAGAGGAAACUCUCCUCGCAGCCAAGCCCGGCUUCCACCGGCAUGUAGGCCUCCCCCAUAGCUCUGCCGCGGCUAGAGCGCGAAGCGAAGACCGGCGGUAAAGAGCUUUCGUGUUCCCCGCCCGGGAAUGACGCAUGCGCAGAGAGGAUGAGGCUCACUCUGGGAAGCACUUGAACGCCCACGGCCUGGUUGAGGUGGCCGGUCCACGAGAGGGUGAGCGGUCUCCGUAGUCUGUGUUUAGUCACAUAAACAAGCGUAUGGGAGACAUAGCAACAAAAAAAAGAUAUUAUGCUGGCACAGACUUCUGUGGUCAUGCUGUCAGAUGCGUGUCUGCCGAGGGAGAACCCACGACACGCCUCUGACAAAACAAAGCAGUCCAUUUGGUGGCUUUUCCUGGAUUCUAAUAAAUCCUAAUGAAUGAUGGCACGUUAAAGACUGUUAUUCUGGGGCAUCAUCAUGUGGGAGGAGGCCUGCUUCUCCUGUGCCUGUCUAUCCUGCCCUCUUCUCUAACUGGUGCAGAUUGUGGUUCACAGAUUGUAGCCCUUCCAAAUUCCAAGCAAGAAUUUGUAGCUGCAGGUGAAUUCCCUUGGGUGGUUUCACUGCGCGAUCUUCACAACAAGCACAUUGCUAUCGGAUGUAUCCUGAGCGAGUACUGGAUAGUCAGUGUGGCCUCCAGUUUCCAGAACAGGAGCCAGAUCUUUGCUAUGGCAGAUGUCACAGAUCUGAAGAGUGACAAAAGCAUCACUUUCCCUAUCAGCACCGUCUUCUUCCACAAGGACUUUGAUGAAAUCACUCUCGCCCACAACAUUGUUCUUUUGAAGACAGCCAACUCGCUGGAGUUCAGCGAGACCAUCCAGCCCAUCUGCUUCCUCCACCAAGAUUUCCCUGCAAGUGCCCUGAUGAACUGUGUAGUGGCCGGAUGGCUGAAUCCUCACUCAGGAAGGGGCUCUCUAAGGAAGCUCUCCAUGGAUGACGUUGACCCUUGUCCUCUGCAACGAACCAUGAGCACAGAGUGUUCCAGCCACAGGGAGGGUGACAACGCAGCUGGAUGCCUGGGGGACCCCGGCAACCCUAUCAUGUGCCAAGCAAAGGAAACAGGCCACUGGGUGCUGAAAGGAGUGCUGACUGAAGGGGGCGCCAGAUGCUAUGGGCCGUUUCUCUACACCAGGCUGUCCUAUUACAGCGACUGGAUUGUGAUCACCACGGCAAAAGGAAGAGCGCCCAUCUCUCCCUCCCUAGGCAGCAGACAUUUAGCCAUCUGGACUCUAACAGAGGAGCCCAGAGGGGCACCAGAACCCAUUCUAGCCAGCAGAGUCCUUAACUUCUCAGACGCUUCAGAAGAUCUUCCUCUCAGUGCUGAUGCAGAGUUACAACAGGGGAGCACAGAAUUAUUUUUAAAUGGUUCAGCUAAGUCACAGGGCAGGUCUGAGCCAAUCUACUAUGAUUAUUACAAUGGGGAGCUGCUCCCCAUUUCCACUGCAAAGAAGGGUCAGCCGCAGGGACUCAUAGCUGUAAGCCUCCUCCUUCAUCUUCUGGGAUGCUCAAUAACUGCUUAGGUGGGUGGCUUAGGGCUGAACAGGAGAUUCCGCACUAAGAAAAUCUCCCAUCUGCACUGCCAAUGCUAAUGCUGUGUGGUGCUGAUCUGUCUCUUUAGCUGGAAAGUUCUUUUGAACUAUUAAACUUUACAUCCUUUGA